AAACAAUGAAAGUUCGUUCGCCUACCGGCCUCGCCGCCUCAACUGUCAACUCCCUCCACCUCCCAAUCCACCUUUGUUCGCAACGAAGCCCCUACGCACCAGAAGGAAACGCCGUCGUUUCCAGGAACUUCUGUUGUUUUGCAGCGAAACUAAACAAUUCGUAAGGUCGAUAAUGUCAAAAGACAAUCUCAACAAAUUGAUUCAGAAGAAGGUAAGUUUCACGAACGAAUUGCAAAGUUUGAGGGAAAAAAUCGAAAAGGGAGGCGCUGAAACUGCGGUUGAAAAAUUGGUAUCGCUCAAGCAGUCACUGAAGGAGUUGGAAAGGCAAGAGCUUGAAGUCCAGUCUCUUAGCAAUUCCGUAUUGGAAGCCGAAGUUCGUAGAUUGGAGGACCAAAUAGAAAAUGGGUUUGAUAGUGAGGAUGUUCCUGAUGAACUGGAUCGUUUGUUGAGUGAAUCGGAGGCGAAAAUCGGUUCGGCGAAAAGGGAACUUGCAGCUAAACUAAGGGCAGUGUUGGCAGUACAGCGCCAGAUUGAUGAUGUUCCUUCGCAAUCUGAGCUCGUCCAGUAUGAAUGCCGGUUGUCAGAAUUGAAUGCUCAAAUUCAGGGAAAACUUCAACAAACUCGGAAAUACUAUGCCACUUACAAUGCACUUUUGGAGAUCAAGGAAUAUAUGCUGAAGGAAACAUCAUUGUUGAAUUCAAUAAGUUCACAGUUUCAAGAAGCAAUCAAUAGCACUGACGGUCGCAUGAAACUUAUCAACUCCAUGGAGGGAAUCAUAAAGGGCAGUCAACAGAAACUUCGAAAGGUACAACUUGGGCUUCAAGAAGAGCAAAAAGUUUGUGAUGCUCUCAAGGAAAAGUAUUUUGCAGCAAGUGCAGAGCAAAGGCACUGUUAUUCACUCUUAAAAGCUCUUCAGGAGGAAUGUACAAAGAAUGAGGUACUCCGAAGAAGUUCUGCUUCAAACAUCUCCAGAGAUUGAAGUGUUCAACCAUCGUCAUGCCACCGCCUAUCAGUCGCAUGCUCACUAGUUAAAUUGAUAUUAGGAACUCGCUCACCAUGAGUUGUAAAUUAAAAAUCUUUUUUUUUUUUUUGGGUAAACAUCUUCCAGGUUGAGUUACAUCGAAGUACCUCCGUAGCAUGUGAAGUUUGAGGUGUUUCAGCCAUCUUCAUGUCAUCGCACGUUGGUCCAAUGCUUACUUACUGAAUUUACGAGGAACUCAUUCGUCAUAAGUUGUAAAUUAAAGAUCAAUUAAUUUUGUGUAAAAUACUCCCCCAUUGAAUUUCGUACAUGUAGAUUAUGAGUUUAUCUUCAUUA